CUUCACUGUAACCCUAUUAGCUUCCGCCGCUUAAUUUCUGUUGUCAAAACCAACCGGAAGUACUUCACCGGAAGUACCUGCCUCGAGCGCCGUCUAGCAGCGCGGAAGAGAAACGCCAUAUUUUGAUUUGUUUUAUUUAUUUAUUUAUUUUUGACAGUGUUUGACAGGCGCGAUGUCAAGUCGUUGUCCCUAAACCUGUCUUUUUUCCCCCUCCCCAGUCGCCUUCUUAUUUAGUCGAGGAGUACAGACAAUGUUAGUACAGCAUUAGAAGUUGUUUAGGCUGAUAUUUAAGGAUUCCGUUGAAACGCGUUGGUUUGUAAAGAACGCUCGCGCGCUUGCCGUGAGUAACUUCCUCCAAGCAAUUUUGAAUAAGGAAGUAGCUCAGUUAGCCAGCUAGCUAGCUCGCGACAUGUAAACAUCUCCAAUGGAGGGUGUGUCCGUGUGAAUAUUUUCCCUGUUUUUUUUUUUUUUAAAGUGAGUAUUUUUUUGGGAGAAUGGGCGACGCGGCGAAAGUUCAGCGUCGGGAGCAGAUAAAGCGCUGGAACGGCUCGUCUACAGACAAACAGCCGGCCGCGCCACGGAGACGCUGGCGGGAUGAAGAGGAGGAUGGCCGGGAAGAUGGAGAGAGAGUACAGGACUCAGACGUACACCGACCUGGUCGGCAACACGUCAAACGAAGGAGGCGUGUUCGAUUCGAGAGGACAGCGGAGUUCCUGGCCAUCUGCGCCAGUGGUGACCUGGAGGAGGCGAAGGAGAUGCUGAAGGAGGUGCAAGUCAUAAGCGAUGACGACAAAACUUCUCGACAGGACGUGGUCAACUGUUCCAACGCUGACGGAAUCACAGCACUGCACCAGGCCUGCAUCGAUGGUAGUAUCGAGGUGGUGGCCUUCCUCCUGUCUCAAGGUGCUAACGUAAACCAGGUGGACAACGAGGGCUGGACCCCGCUUCACGUAGCAGCUUCCUGUGGGAACAUAGAAAUCGCUGAAUACUUGUUGCAGGAGGGCGCAUCUCUAAGCUUGGUGAACUGUGAUGGCGAUGUACCAUUAGACAUCGCCGAAGAUGAAGCCAUGGAGGCAUUACUGCAGGAGCACACUCUGAAACAGGCUCUCUGUGUAAAAUGUCCAGGUGUGGAUGUGGAGGAAGCUAAGCGGUUGGAGGAAGAGUUGAUCAUGCGUGAUGCCCGUCGUUGGCUUACAGAGGGCGUGCCUACUGAUCUGCACCACCCAAGGACCAAAGCCACACCCCUACAUGUUGCGGCUGCUAAGGGCUACCUGGAGGCCAUCAAGUUGCUGUGUCAGUGUGGCCUGGAUGUGUCUGCUAAAGAUGGGGACGGCUGGACUCCGCUCCACGCUGCAGCCCACUGGGGUCAGAGCGAGGCCUGUUGUCUCCUCGCAGAGCAACUGUGUGACAUGGAGGCCCGCAGCAAUGGGGGUCAGACUCCAUUUGAUGUGGCCGAUGAAAGUGUGGAGACCUUGCUGGAGGAAUUACUGCAGAGACAAGCUAGUUGGCGCACCGAACAGGACAUUAAGGAUAAACAGAAUGCACAAGCGUCUGCAAACGGCAGCACUGCCAAGAAACGCAGGAGCUCGGUGUGUAGGAUGAGCAGCCGAGAGAAGAUGAGCGUGCAGGAUCAGUCAAAGGAGCGAGGAGUCUCUGGAGGCCUACUAAAUGAGGAGCGAGAGAACAGUCCCGAGACUUCCACGCUGCCGAGUCCAGAUACUGGAAGCAUUACUACCUCCACGGUCAGCCCUGCUGACAAGACGCCUGAAGAGAAGGAAGCAGAGGAGAGAGAGCAGGAACGAGAGAGUCGUACUGCUCGUGUUCCUCCGACUCUGCAAAGAUGCGACUCUGCCACAGAGAGCCCCAGCAGUCCCUCUACUGACGGCAAGAAGUACCAGGCUCCAGUUCGAGAUGAGGAGUCAGAGUCUCAGAGAAAAGCUCGUUCUCGACUCAUGCGCCAAUCACGACGCUCCACUCAGGGAGUGACCCUAACUGACCUUAAAGAGGCUGAGCGAACCGUUAAUAGGGCGUCUGAACCUCAGCCCAGUCUUCAGACUGUCAGCCCUGUUGUCACGGUAACGCCAGCAGAGAGAGACACAGAGCCAGUGAAGGCCUCCAGCCCAGAGGGAGACUCCAAACUGGGUGUGAGAGAUCGCCGAAAAGCAAGGAGAGAAAGACGAUCCACUGGCAUCGCCACAAAUAUAGGAGAGACGGAGGACUUGGAUGCAAACGAGCCGUCACAAGCAGACAGCACCUCAAGUGACACCCAGCCAGUAAAAUUGUCCCUAUCACUGGAUUUUAGAAAGCUGUAUGUGGAGAUGCUGAAGGAGAACGGUGCACUGAGAGAGAAGCUCCAGGAGACACAGCUGAAGCUCAGCGAGUGCAAAGUGGAGCUCGAGCGACUCAGACAGAGCCAGGAAAAUGGUUGUGACCGCCCUGCUCUACUGGAACUAGAGAGAUUUGAGAAGAAAGCGCUUGAGAGGAAAGCAGCAGAGCUUGAAGAUGAACUCAAGGUUCUUGUUGAUCUGCGUGCUGAUAACCAGAGGUUGAAAGACGAGAACGCUGCUCUCAUUCGUGUCAUCAGCAAGCUCUCCAGAUGAGUCGACACUGCCACUCCCGCCACUAUUCACUGAAACCACAAGGUGGCAGCACUGCCCAUCUCUUUACCCAGAAUAAACUGGAAGAACGCUCCUCUUUCUGCGUGGCCAUAACACACUGCAACUGUGUAUGUGUGUGUGUGUGUGUGUGUGUGUGUGUGUGUGUGUGUGUGUGUGUGGUCUUUCUCACCCCUCGGGUGGCUAAACUACUGUUCUCCAAAUUAACCUGCACACAAAGGUGAGCAGACCUAGCCACAGCACAACCCUCAGUUAAACAGCACACGAACAUCAGGAAAUCCCAGACCGCCGAUUACUCCCGGACUGAUUUCUCUCGUUCCAGUUUCUAUUUCUCAAGUGUGACAUCACAACACGCUUACGCACAGAUGAAAAGGAAGGGUGGAGAAAGAUACUCGUUUGUCUGAAGUCUAAUGUUGACUCAUUAGUGAGGUGGAAAUCAAGCUACAGCUGGUUUGUUCAUACAAAUUACAUUCUUCAAAGCAGAAAUGGCGUACAGCGGACCAGAUACCCUUGAGCUCAUCGAGCAUCUGCAACAAUUAAGUCUGGAUGUGGAGGAGAGGCAUGUAGAGGAGAUGCAUGUGGAGUCAGUCUCUUGCAGUAGACGUGGUUGACUGAAGUGGGCUUCCUUUUAUUGCCUUCCCUUCCCUCCGCACCACUCUGUUAUUCUCAGACCUUUAUUCCUCCUGUGAGGAAAUUCACAGAACACUGAAGCAGUGCUGCUGAGCCUGAACAGCCUUUGAUGGAUCAAUGACCAUGAUGAAAUAAAACACAGCAAUGACUAAGUGGACUCUUUCUUUUCUCAAUUUAUACUAGUUAAACUUAAGUAUAAUGAAUAUUUGUGUAGUCAGUUAAUUAGCUUUUUAAUUAGAUUUUAAAAUAUUAUGAAUUAUUAUAAUAUGAAUAUUAUAUUAUAAUUUUUUUAAAUUAUUAUAUAUAAAAAAUUAUAAUAUAAUAUCCUAUUUUAUAAUAAAUUAUUAUGAUUGUUUCGAUUGUUUAGAAUACCCACACUAUGUGAUUGUUUACUCAGAUGCCACAUGAUGCCGUUAGUGAGAUGAGUGAAUUCUUCCAGAAACUAAGCCUGGGGGAAGAAAAGAUGGAUGUGGAUGUGGAUGAAGAGGAGAUGGAUGUGGAUAUGGUUGUAGAGAAGAUGGAUGUGGACAUGAUGGAUGAGAUGAACAGCCCGAAAGAACAGAUCAGAAAGAGGAUCAGAUUGAUGAUCAUACAAAUGAUCACAGCCAGGAUCUGAUCAUUGGAGAUAUGCGACUGACAGCAAAUCUCCGUUUUCAGAUAUUUGGCUCAAGUUGGACUUUUGUAUAUAUGUAAUUUCUUACCUAAUAGUAUCUAUUUUAUUCUAGUUCACUUUCUAACCUGUAAAAUACCCAACUGUAUCCUGUGUCUUGUAUGGGUAUUAUUGUAAAUAUGUAUAUGUUACUUUGUUUGUUUUGCUUUGUUAUUUAAUCAAUAUUGCAUUAAAUUUAAACAAAGUUUAAGUCCUCCAAAGUGGGGGGGUGGAUGGUAUGGGGUUUUUAAAAAAAAAUAAAUAAUUAAACUAGUAAAAUGCA